GCGGGCGGCGCCCGACGGGCAUUGGUGUGGAACUUCCGAAAGCCAGCCCCCCCCUUCCCCCGGCUUUUAGCCAUCCACCACCGGCCGUCAGGGCUAUGGCCGUGAGAUCGACAACGGACGCUACGUCCAAUGUUUCUCUUUUCCACGUGCAUCUGCGGGAUCUAGCGUGAGCCAAUCGUCCGUUGGCCCGGAGGGGCUGGUCCUUUUUUGGUAUAGCUCCAUCCCCUUUCUUCUUAUGUAUUCAGUCGCCGUCAAGGUUGUACAAUGCAACUGCGUCAGAAACAACAGCAGAUAAAAUAAAAGGGAAUAUCCUUUGUAUACACUCGUCAUGUCAAUCUCCUUUGCGACAGCAAAUGCUCAAGCAGCGAUCCGAAGAACGGCAACACGUGGCACGAGAAAUCGUCUGCGCUCAUCGCCGCCCAUCGCUGCCCAUCGCAGUCGAAACUUUCGUCUCUCCAUAUUUGACUUGCUACUGUAGUCUUUUUCUGUCCUCCCUCUCUCUCUCUCUCUCUCUCUCUCUCUCUCUCUCUCUCUCUCUCUCUCUCUCUCUCUCCCCGACGUAACCCGUCCUCUUCUAUUUUCACUCCCUCUUCUCCCCUCCUCUUCUCUUCAUCGUCGACCUCUCUGUACUUUACUCCUUCCUCGGUCCUCGGGGAAUCUGCUUCUGUCCGUGAUUCUUGCCCCUUUUUCCGGUUUUCUUCUUGUCAUCUCUGGUUCUGCUUCUACUGUUGAUCUCCUGCCCAUCCCGUUCCCGUUCCCGACGCCACUGAACAUAUGUGUUUUUGGCUCAUUAGUCAACAUUAGUCAAAUGCCGGCCCAACCAAACAGCAGCAGCAGUAGCAGUAGGACUAGCCAGCCAGUCUGCCUCCACCAUCACCUCCACCAGUAAUAGCAGCAGCAGGAGUAAAACCAGGCAGCGUGUCAGGUCGUGGUGAGGAGCUAUUGGCGGGGAGCAACAGCUGUGAAACCAUCUAGUUGUCGGUGGAGAUGGGGGCGGCUGAUCUUUUGAGUCUGCAGGGUAAGAUCAAGCGGGAUCCGGAGGGGUAUCUAGAUGAGUUUCUGGUUCAUUAUCGUCAUUACCAGUCUCGUCUGUCCAUCUUCUCUCUGAAGCCGACGGCUGAGGCCGAGGAAUUCGGUGAGCUAGUCACAUUCAUCGCGCAGGUGGCCACCAACUUCAAGAAGCAGACAGCCGCAUUCCCUCAGGAGUUGAUGACUCUCCUCCGAACACAUAGCAACGUUCUUAAUCCCUCCUUACGCAAGACGCUUGCCCAGGCGCUGAUUCUCCUGCGCAAUCGGCAGGUCAUCUCCUCUUCCACUCUUCUGCCCCUCUGCUUUCACCUCUUUCGCUGCCCCGACAAAUCUCUUCGUCAGCUCUUGUACUCGCACAUCGUUAACGAUAUCCGACGCGGCAACAAGAAACACAACAACGUCCAAUUCAAUCGUCCCCUUCAGAAUUUUCUUUACGACAUGGUGCUCGACGAGAACGAGGUUGCUGCCAAAAAGUCGCUCGCCGUCUUGAUCGAGCUCCAUCGCCGCAAUGUGUGGAGGGAUUCGCGGACUGUCAAUGUGAUAUCGACGGCGUGUUUUCACAAACAAGGACGAAUCUUAGUGGCAGCGCUGAAGUUCUUCUUGGUGAAUGACGAAGAGGGUGAAGGGGGGGAUGAUGAGGACGACGACGACGACGAUGACGACGAAGAUGGGGAUGGCGGCGGCGGCGGCGGCGGCGCUGUUGGUGCGAAUAAGGAGGACAUUUACAAGGCGUAUCACGCGGGCGCGACGCGGAGUAAGAAGAAGAAGCAGGCGAAGCUUAAGCGAGUGAUGAGAAGUAUGAAAAGGUCUCAGAAAUGCAAGGCCGGUGAUGGUGGCGCGAGUUUCACUGCCAUUCAGCUGCUGAACGAUCCGCAGGGUUUUGCCGAAAAGCUGUUUGCCCGCCUGAAGUCGAGUAACGAGCGAUUCGAGGUGAAGUUGAUGAUGAUGAGCGUCAUUUCUCGAGUCGUAGGUACGCAUAAACUCUCCCUUCUUAACUUCUACCCCUACUUGCAGCGCUAUGUGCAACCUCAUCAACGUGAUGUUACCCGUCUUCUCGCGGCCGCUAUUCAGGCCUGCCAUGAACAGGUUCCGCCCGAUGCCGUUGAGCCCUUGCUCAAGCAGGUGGUGAAUCAGUUCGUCCACGAUCGAGCGAGACCAGAAGUGAUUGCCGUUGGAUUGAACACCGUUCGAGAUAUGUGCUUGAGGAUGCCACUGAUAAUGACGGAAGAUCUUUUGCGAGACUUAGCUUUGUACAAGAAGGAGCGGCAGAAGGCCGUAUCCAGCGCGGCACGUGGCAUCAUCGCGCUCUUCCGGGAGCUGAAGCCAUCGCUGUUGGAAAAGAAGGACCGAGGACGUGGCGCUGAUCUGAGUGCCAAACCCUUAGAGUUUGGGGAUACCACCAUAGCCGAGGGUGUUCCAGGACUAGAUCUGUUGCUUCGUCAGCGUGAGGACGACGAGGAGGACGACGACGAGGGUGAUGACGACGUGCACGACUCAGAGGAAGAAGAAGAAGAAGUAGAGAACGGCGAUGGCGAGGGGUCAAUGGUAGAAGAAGAGGAGGGAGAAGGUCGUGCAGCAGAGGGCGAGGAUGACAGUGGGAGCGAGCGUGUAAGUUCCAGUGAUGGCGAAGAAGACGACGAAGAAGAUGAUGACGACGAGGAAGAUCAAGAAGACGAGGAAGAUGAAGAAGAGAAAGAGGAGAUGGAGGAGUCGAAUAGAGGUGGUAUUAGAGAGCAAAGAAAAGGGGAAAAGGAGGGACAAGAAGAAGAAGAAGAAGAAGAAGAAGAAGAAGAAGAAGAAGAGGAAGAAGAAGACGAUGCGAUCACGACCGCCGCCAUCGAGGAGCAGGGGUGCGACGGAUCGCGCAGGGAAGGAGGAGGAAGGAUAGCUACCGAAGAGACGAGGAGUGGUGGGAGAAAGAAGGGUGUGGAAAAUGGACAUGAAAGGGAAACGAAGAAGAAGAAGAUGGAGGACGUCACGAUGGACAUGAGCCUGAGAACUCUGAAGCGACUUGCUGCGGAAAAGAAAGCGAAGGAAGAUGAAGAGAAGAAGAACAUCAAUGCAGAAACAGAACUGCUUAAUUUGGUAAAUGAUGAUGGGUUUCUAUCUAACGAGGAUUUCAAAAGGAUAAGAGAAUUGCAAACGAAGCAGGCGUUGGACGCGGCUAUGGCGAAACACGGGAUAAAGAAGCAAAAUCCUGCCACAGCGGAGAGAAGGAAAAGCUUGGAGGUUCCUCUGAUGAAACGGUAUAAUCGUGAAAACAUCAACGAGAAAAGAGUGAAUCCGGCAGAUCUAGAGGCGAAGAUAAAGAGGAGGAGAGAGAAGGAGGAGAGGAUGGCCAGUGUGAUGGCAGGGAGAGAAGGUAGGGAAGACUUCAGCUCCUCUGUUGCUCGAAAGAAGCAGAAAACAGGAGGAACGAGUAACAGAGAGAAGCAGAGGAAGAAGGUGCUGCCUCUGGCAGCGCAGUGGGAAAAGGCGAAGGUGAGGUCAGCGGGUAGGAAAAGGAGAGCCGGCAUUGCCGCAAAACAGUUCAAGGGGAAGAAAGCUUGGAAAUAAUUUGAAUGACGAAAGUCUUUUUUUGGUCGUCGUUAUCGCGUGUUUUCAUUUUCGUGUCCUGGCCGCUCUCCUGCAUCCUUCAGGUCGGGGAAAAAAAUCUUCCCUCCUCUCCUUCUCUCUCUCUCUCUCUAUAUAUAUAUAUGUGUAUCCUUUCUCUGUUUUCUUCUUCUGGAAAUAUAGUAUUAGGAUUUUCUUUGUAAAUUUUUUCUCGUUGUUUCCUACUCUUUUCACCCCUCUUCCCCUCGUUUUCUCUCUCGUGUUUUCUCGUUCGCUCUCUCUCUCUCUCUGUGUUUUCCCUGGCAUCCCUAGCAUUCCCCCCUUUAUUCCUCACCACGGCCCCACUCCCUCCCCUUUUCCCCUUUCUCCCCCUCCCUCCCCCCUAGCUUGCACCUCGCUUUAGGUCAUUAGGUCAAUUCCAUCCAUACUUCUGUGAUCAGGAUUUAUCCUUUCUCUUCCUCGUCAUAGUUUCCCGCCCCCUCGCCUGCGUGUGCCUUCUUUGUUCACGUUCUGCCGCCGUCUCCUCCUGUGGGUUGUGAACAACAAACAUCUGCCUGUUUU